CAAAACAAAACCAAUCCAGCCAAAUCAAUCAUUAAGAAACAACAAUAUUAAUAAAAGCCAAAAGCUAAAUCAAAUCAACCAAGACACCAAGAAGCUGGGGGGAUAUCCACUGUUCGUCAAGGUUGACGAUGAUGCGUCAAACUGUGUAAGGGAACCGCAUGGAGAUGGGCAUUCUGAACUGUUAAUGGGGACAUGGGACGCCAGUUGCCUCUGAUUACUUGUGUGGAUUUUCCCGGUGUAGAACGACAGAAGCCGCUAGUAAGUCACCAAGACCUACAGCAGGAAUUCUGCGUGAAAGGGCAUCAAACCUUGUUAUUUUAAUUUGCAUCUGGGAGAAUGUCUGAGCAAGGAGACCUGAACCAGGCGAUAGUGGAGGAAGGGAGGACUGAGCAGGAGACAGCCGCUCCAGAGAAUGGCAUAGUGAAAUCAGAAAGUCUGGAUGAAGAAGAGAAAUUGGAAUUGCAGAGGCGGCUGGCAGCUCAGAAUCAAGAGAGAAGAAAAUCCAAGUCAGGAGCAGGAAAAGGUAAACUGACUCGAAGUCUAGCCGUCUGUGAGGAGUCAACAGCCAGACCAGGAGCUGAAAGCCUUCAGGAUCAGGAAUCAAUUCAUUUACAGCUUUCCAGUUUUCCCAGCCUGCAAGAGGAGGAUAAAUCUAGGAAAGAUGACUCUGAGAGAGAAAAAGAAAAGGAUAAAAACAAAGAUAAAACCUCUGAAAAACCCAAGAUCAGAAUGUUAUCAAAAGACUGCAGCCAAGAAUACACGGAUUCUACAGGCAUAGACUUACAUGAGUUUCUGAUUAACACUCUAAAGAAUAAUUCCAGGGACAGGAUGAUACUCUUGAAAAUGGAGCAGGAAAUUAUUGAUUUCAUUGGUGACAACAAUAAUCAUUAUAAAAAGUUCCCUCAGAUGUCAUCGUAUCAGAGGAUGCUUGUCCAUCGGGUGGCAGCUUACUUUGGAUUGGAUCAUAAUGUGGAUCAAACAGGAAAAUCUGUCAUUAUCAACAAGACCAGCAGCACCAGAAUACCAGAGCAAAGGUUUUGUGAACAUUUAAAAGAUGAAAAAGGUGAAGAAUCCCAGAAGCGGUUUAUCUUGAAGCGAGAUAACUCUAGUAUUGAUAAAGAAGACAAUCAGCAAAACAGAAUGCAUCCAUUUAGAGAUGACAGACGAAGUAAAUCAAUUGAAGAGAGAGAAGAGGAAUAUCAGAGAGUGAGGGAGAGAAUAUUUGCACACGAUUCAGUUUGCUCCCAGGAAAGCCUUUAUGUGGAAAACAGUAGGCUCUUGGAGGACAGUAACAUAUGCAAUGAGACCUAUAAGAAAAGACAGCUCUUUCGGGGCAACAGAGAUAGCUCAGGGAGAACAUCUGGGAGUCGGCAGAGCAGCUCGGAGAAUGAACUCAAGUGGUCGGACCACCAGAGGGCCUGGAGCAGCACAGACUCCGACAGCUCCAACCGCAAUCUGAAGCCCACUAUGACCAAGACGGCGAGUUUUGGGGGCAUCACGGUGCUGACCAGGGGUGACAGUACGUCUAGUACCAGGAGUUCUGGGAAGCUGUCCAAAACAGGUUCUGAGUCUUCCAGCAGCGCAGGCUCUUCAGGAUCGCUGUCCCGUACCCAUCCACCUCUCCAGAGCACACCCCUGGUCUCAGGCAUGGCAGCUGGAUCUCCUGGCUGUGUGCCCUAUCCAGAGAAUGCAGUGGGGGGCCAGGUCCCUCCAAGCAGCACCAGCUACAUCCUCCUUCCACUUGAAGCUGCAACAGGCAUCCCGCCCGGAAGCAUCCUCCUUAAUCCACACACAGGUCAGCCCUUUGUGAAUCCCGAUGGGACUCCUGCAAUAUACAACCCUCCUGCCAGCCAGCAGCCCCUGCGGAGCACGAUGGUGGGACAAUCCCAGCAGCAGCCUCAGCAGCAGCCUUCUCCGCAGCCUCAGCAGCAGGUGCAGCCACCACAGCCACAGAUGGCAGGCCCUCUGGUCACUCAGUCUGUCCAGGGGCUGCAGGCACCCUCCCAGUCAGUGCAAUAUCCGGCAGUCUCUUUUCCUCCCCAGCAUCUCCUGCCUGUGUCUCCAACGCAGCACUUCCCCAUGAGAGAUGAUGUGGCCACACAGUUCAGCCAGAUGAACCUGAGCCGUCAGUCCUCAGGAGAGACUCCCGAGCCGCCACCAUCCGGUCCUGUCUACCCAUCCUCCCUCCUGCCGCAGCCAACCCAGCAGCCCGGCUAUGUCAUCGCCUCUACGGGCCAGCAGCUUUCUACAGGGGGGUUCUCCGGCUCUGGCCCUCCCAUCUCGCAGCAAGUUCUUCAGGCCCCUCCCUCCCCACAGGGAUUUGUGCAACAGCCUGCAGCUGCACAGAUGCCUGUCUAUUAUUACCCGUCUGGUCAGUACCCUACCUCAGCCACGCAGCAGUACCGGCCCAUGGCCUCGGUUCAGUACAGUGCUCAGAGGGGUCAGCAGAUGCCACAGGCAGCACAGCAAGCAGGUUAUCAGCCAGUCUUGUCUGGACAGCAGGGAUUCCAAGGCCUUAUAGGAGUGCAACAACCACCACAGAGUCAGAGCGUGAUGAGCAGCCAACAAGGAACUCCGGUGCAAAGCGUAAUGGUCUCCUACCCAACCAUGUCUUCUUAUCAGGUGCCAAUGACGCAAGGUUCUCAAGGACUGCCCCAGCAGUCCUACCAACAGCCAAUCAUGCUACCUAACCAGGCAGCUCAAGGGUCACUCCCGGCCACUGGAAUGCCUGUUUACUGUAACGUUACACCGCCAAACCCUCAGAACAACCUUAGGCUGAUUGGUCCACACUGCCCCUCCAGCACUGUCCCUGUGAUGUCGGCCAGCUGCAGGACAAAUUGUGCAAGUAUGAGCAAUGCCGGUUGGCAGGUCAAAUUUUGAGAGUUCUGGCUGUGGUUUAUUUCAUCAGCUAUUACUCAUGGCCUUUAAGGGAAGAGGAGCAAGUUGGGAAGACUGGCUGAGGACUUAAGUAUUCACUCAACACUCAAAAGAUUGCUGCUGGUAUUCUGUAAAAAAUAAACAAAGACUAAUACACACGUUAGCUGGUUAAUGGUGCAUAUUUCUGUCAUGUCUGCUAGGUAUGCCUUUAUAGCUUAGCUAGUGACAUGAAUUCAUCGAGGUAAGAUUUUCUCCUACCACUGAACACCACUGUGUAGAUUAUAAUAUCCCUCAUUUGGAUUAGUUUUGUACUUUGUGUUGAGUUUGUGAUGCUAAAAGUAUUUAAAAAUUAUAUACUGAAUCACAUUGUACCAAAGCUGUAAUGGAAAAGAAAAGAAGAAUUGAUGAAUGGAAGGAAUAAUUUAUAUACAUUAUAGAGUUUUCUUUUUUUAAUGCAUAUAUACUGUAUUGUAGUGUUUAAUCAAAAUAAAACUAUUUGACCUUAUGGAGUAAGGUCAUGUUUUUACCACCA